UUUAUUAUCAUUCGUGUUUAUUAAACGCAUUCAUUUCAUCUCUAUACAAGUUUAGAGACAGUUUAACUUAUAGAGAGACAAAAAUGAUUUUGUUAACGUUGGUUUUUGUUGUUUUUGUUACGUUUUACUUGUAUGUGCAACACUGUCAUUCGUAUUGGAAGAAAAGGCAGAUUCCUACUUUAAAACCGACGUUUUUGGUUGGAAAUCUGUGGGAAACUUUGAUAGGGACGAAGAAUUUUAUGGUUCCAGUGAUUGAAUCAUGCAGGAAGUUCAAAGAUUAUAAAUACAUUGGAUUCUACAAAUGUCUAACACCAACUCUGAUAAUAAACGACUUGGAACUAAUCGGACAGGUUAUGGUGAAAGAUUUCAACCACUUUGAAGACAAUGUCGUUGAAGUUUCCGCAGAUACUGAUUACCUAAUGGCGAAAAAUUUGUUUUCCCUAAAAGGACAUCAUUGGAAAAGCGUUAAAGCAUUGAUAAGUCCAAUGUUUACAGCUGGAAAAUUGAAGUUAGUCUUUCCGUUAAUGGAUGACACCGCACAGAAACUCAUAAAAUACUUGAAUAAACGUGUACAAGAUGGCCGCCAUCAUUGUGUUGAUGGUAAAUACCUCGCGCAUCAAUUCACAACGGAAAACGUCGCAAACUGUGCGUUUGGACUCACUGCGCAGGCUUUCGACAGUGAAAAGAGUGAAUUUGUUGAUGUUGCGCGUGAUUUCGGCACGCCAUCUUUCACACAAUCACUAAAACUUAAUAUUUUGUUUAUGAUGCCUGCACUUGGUAAAUAUCUAUCAGUAGGCUUCUUCAGUAAAUACGUGCAGAAUUACCUCAUAGAUGUCGUUACUCAAACCAUACGCUACAGAAAAGAAAACAACAUCAUCCGUAAUGAUUAUCUCGACUUAAUUAGUCAAUUAAAAGAAAAAUCCAAAGAAUACAAGUUUGAUGAUAGAGAUGUCGCUGCGCAGGCUGCCAGCUUUUUUGGAGACGGUAUAGAAACAAGUUCUGUGGUUAUUUGUUACAAUUUAUUCGAAAUUGCCAAACAUUCUGAAGUACAAAACAAAAUUCGUGAAGAAAUUCAACUUGUCAGACAAAAACACAAUGAUAGUAUCACAUACGAAGCUAUUUUAGACAUGACUUAUCUUGAUUGUGUUGUCACUGAGACAAUGCGUUUGGAUACACCUAUGAUGGUCUUGUUUAAGACUUGUACGAAGACAUAUGAGUUCCCAUCACCGAAAGGAAACAUUCCUGGUGUGAUUGUGAACCCUGGGGACCCGAUUUGUAUCCCUGUUGAGGCUCUACAUCGAAAUGAGGAAUAUUUUCCUGAACCUGAUAAAUUUAUACCGGAAAGAUUCGCCAAAGAGAAUAAAAGCAAUAUUAAGAACUUUACUUACUUACCAUUUGGUGAAGGACCACGAUUUUGUGUUGGAAUGCGUUUUGGUAUUUUACAAGUAAAAAUGGCACUUGUGCAUAUUUUGAGUAAUUUCCACGUGAAAAAUAAUGCGAAAAUGCCUGAAACGCCGCUGGUGGAUCCAGGGACAUUUAUGCGGAUGCCCAUUGGUGGAUUUUGGUUUGAUUUUGAGCCAAUUCAACCAAAAAAUUGAAUAUUUACAUAAAACCACAUUUUUUAAACGUUUUAGCAAGUAAUUACUAUUAAUUACUACAUUGUAUAAGUGUUUUAGAAGUAUUUACCACUAAUUUUAAUAAAUUUUGGUCCCCGGUGGCAUUUUAACCUAAAAAAAUCAUCAAAAUGGCGUUUUUUGCAGCCAAAACGUACGUUUUUUACUCAAAAUUAUAUUUUAACCUACAAAAUUAUGUUAUCUAUGUUAUAUUAUACAUAUUUUAUCUUAAAACAACAAA